AUGAAGUCCAUUAUCGACUCCCAAACCGACAAAGCUGCAGAAAUCGACCAGCGGAAAGCCAAUCUUCCUCUACCAGAACAACCCCCAGGGGCUUCUGACUUGAGGUCCGCAAACAUGCAAACAACCGGUAGCGGUUCAGGUACGGUGUCUGGAGACCACCCUAGUGAAACGUAG